AUGACACCUGUGCUCCAGGUGGGCAGGGCGGCCAAGAAGAGCGAGCGGGUAACGGCUGGAGUCUCCUACGUUGUGCCAAGCAAUCUGGCUCUACCGCAUGUGACAAUGCGUCCAGCUUACCCGGAAGCUGUCACUGGGCCAGCAGUGGAAUGCCUCGUGUCCGCAGCAAUAGCUCUGGUCAUGCCAGCACACAGCGAGGGUGCCAUCAAGGACUAUCUGAACAAGCCUGAGGAAAGGACGGCCAUGGCUGCCCAAAACAACAGUCCAUUCAGACUGCUCCACCCAGCUGAGCUGAAGCAGUGCCUGGCAGACCGCACCUUCACGUGGACUGUGGCAGACAGCAACGUCCAGAUAGGCCUGCUGGUGCGCAAGGGCAUUGGCGGGACGUCAUCUGCCAGAGCUGUGAGUGACCAGAUUAGAAGCCCAGGAUCUGCCUCGGGGCCCAGUGUAGGAGGAGAUUCUUCGGCUGCUGAGGCCAUGACAGAGUCUGCCAAUGCAGAACUCGACGAUGUGCUUGAGAACAGUGCCGACAUGGCGCAGGAUGCGGCUGAAGGGCAGCUGAACGCAGAGGGCCUCAAUAUCCCGAGAGCAGAUCAGGCAGUAUCUACAAGUAGCGAGCCGCGCGUUCGGCUGUACACUCAGAGCUGCCGCCUGGAGAUGUACUGCGCCCAGCACACCUGGAUGGCUCUGUCACGGGACCAGCAGGCAGCCCUCCUCGGGGCAGUUCAGGGCUUGGAAAGGCAUACCUCAUGCCUGUUUGCGCGGUGGAACUAUGAGGCGCUGACUGCCUAUGCGCAGAAGCUGACAGCCAGCGUCGACCUCGCGCUGCAACAGGCCCAGAUGCAGCAGGCAGCCGCCCCGCCAGCGGUAGUCAGACCUCUACCUGCACCCAAUGCAGCCCCCGCUGGGGCAGCACAAGUGGGGAUGGGUCCGCAGCUGCAUGCAAGACAGCCACAGGCAGCCUUGCCUAGGUUGCUCCCGCGCCACGCGCCCUGUGCAGCGGUUGCCAUGGCGGUGCCAGGCGUGCAGCAGCGCACAGAGGCCCAGAACCCAGCGUUGCCUGUGCCAUGCGUCUUGCCGGCAGCCCCUACUACAGCCACACCAGCAGCUGGCUCGCAGGUCAGUGUCAGCGCACGACAGGAGCAGCUGCCCGGCUUAGCUGCCCCAAGCACGCCAAGCGCAAGGGAAGCGAAGCUACAGGUUGACUCACCGGGUGGCCGCCUCGUCAUGGGAAUACCCUGUUUGCAGCCAUCCCCUUUGCCAGCCAAAGCGCAGGCGCCACCUGCUUGGCCCACUCCUGCAGCAGCACUGGCAUUUUUGCAUCAGCUGCUUCGGGGAGCGCCUGCGCACACAGUCACGCAGCAGCUGCCAUCCAUGGGAGCCAGUGGAGGGAAUGCAGGAGACAGCAGUGCAGUCGAGCAGGGCGAAGGAAGCUGUGGGAAAGCAUGCCUGCCCACACGCCACCGACAGCAGGGCCCUCAUUUUCCCGGAACUGGGGAGUCAAAGGACUUGCAAGCUGCGUUGAAGAUCGGAGAAGUGCCAAGGGCACAGGUGCAGCCGUCUGUUGCGCCCGCUGUCACCCCACAGAGCCCCAGCAGCUGCAGCCCUGGCAGCAAUCAAGCAGCAGCACCGCCGGCCACUCCACCUGCCAGGCCUCCCACUGCAGCCCUGGCAGCAGCAGCAGCCCACAUGGCUGUGCUCAAUGGGGCUCCGCCUACCGCACAUGUCCCUGGCCCGCCCAAGGCAGCCAGCAUCCAGCCACGGGCUGCCGGCAUGUGCGCACCGGGGGUUGCCGCAUCUGCCCUCGUCCUGGCCUCCGCUGCGUCCUCCGCCCUGACAACCCUGGGCAUGCUGUCCAGUGCAGGGCCGGUGCCAUGGCCGUUGUACCUGAUAGGCACCCGAGACAGCUUCAAGUACCACCUGCACGCCGAGAGCAAGCAGGUGGACUUCAAUGGCCGGAGCUGCCUGAAGACAGAGUACCUCUUCCGCCCCGACCAUGUCCCGGAGAACUACAACGAGGUGGUGAAGGGCCAGCAGCAAAGCGCAUGCAGACCAACAGGACCUCCACACGCUUGCGAGCCAGUGGAGCGGAUAUUGCUCGCUCCUGCCCCAUCAAAAACAACACAGGAAGGAGCUGCCGAUGUCCUUUCAAUCUGUGCCGAAGAUAGGCAGGCAGAGGAGGCCCAACAAAGUCCAGCAGCGCUUGCCCCGGCUGUGAGCAUGGAAGCCAGCGGCGCCAACUCUGGAGCGCCAGAGACCGCCUCCAGCCGGCCUGACUGCCCUCAGCUACCAUCAGCCAGACUGUUGCCUGCAGGCAUCUGCACCUACACCAACUUCUACACAGCAGAGGAGCUGCGACAGAUGGAGGCCGGCGCAGAUGUGGUGCACGCCAAGGCCAGGGAAGGGCGAAUGCCGCAGACGUGCUUCCACGAGACGCGCGGCCGCGGCGGAGGGCUCAAGAGGACCAAAUUCUUCUUUGGCGCCAGAUACCUGUGGACAGCAGAGCAAGCGGCGGAUCCAGCUUCGCGCCUGGCUGCCGGUGUGAGGCUGGACGUGCCACCUGCUCCCACAUGGAUGCAGGCUCUGGCCGAGAAGCCGUUGGUGGAGACAGGGCUCGUACCGAAGGACUUCUUUGACGCCUGGGCCCUCAACCUGUACCACGAUGGGAGCGAGGGCAUCCAGUCCCACUUUGACGAUGGCACUCGCUUCUCCCGGCCCAUCUUCUCUGUCAGGCUCUUCUCUGACUCGCGCCUGUCCUUUGGCACCCAGCUAUAUGGGUACACAAAUGGAGCGUUUACUGUGGACAUGCCACGCGGUUGCAUCACAGUCAUGGAGGCGGGUGGCUAUGCUGUGGAAGGAGUGAAGCACUGCGUGCGGCCUGCUGACCUGGCAGACGCUGCAGAUGUUGAGGGGGUGGUCCAUGAGAGAUGCACCAACUCCUCCAGUGCCUCCCUCGGCAGACUCUAG